AUGAUAGGGUGGGGGGACGUGUAUAGGGUGGCGGCCGCCAUGGCGCCGCUCUACUUCGCCCUCGGCCUCGGCUACGGCUCCGUGCGGUGGUGGAAGCUCUUCACUGCGGACCACUGCGACGCCGUGAACCGCCUCGUCGUCUACUUCGCCUUCCCGCUCUACGGCUUCGACUUCACCGCCCGCGCCGGCUCCUUCGCCGCAGGGUACCGCGUCCUGGCGGCCGAUGUCCUUGCCAAGCUUGCCGUCGUGCUCGCGCUCUCCGGCUGGGCCGCCGCACGCCGCGGCGAGGCCUCCUCCUACUCCUGGUGCAUCACCGGCUUCUCGCUCGCGGCGCUCAACAACGGGCUCCUGGUGGGCGUGCCGUUGCUGGACGCCAUGUACGGCAAGUGGGCGCGUGAUAUCAUGGUGCAGCUGUCGGUGCUGCAGGGCGUCGUGUGGUUCCCGCUGAUGCUGGUCGUCUUCGAGGCGAGGCAGGCCUGGCUGGAGGUGACCUCGGACUCGGAGUCCCCCGAAAUCGCGCGCGAACAAGAUGACCAGGAGGCGCCGGGGACCGACGAUGCCGACCGGCCGGCGGUAGCCGAAGAUGGCCGGAAGACGGCGGCGACGGGGUGCGCGUUCUGGGCGCCGCUGCUGCGAGCGGUCGGGGUCAAGCUCGCCCGCAACCCCAACGUGUACGCCAGCCUCCUUGGGGUCGCGUGGUCUUCCGUGGCCAACAGGUGGCACCUGAAGAUGCCAAGCAUCAUAGAUGGUUCCAUUUCGAUCAUGUCAAAGACCGGCAUUGGAAUGGGAAUGUUCAGCAUGGGCAUGUUCAUAGGACUACAAGACAAGUUUAUCGUGUGUGGCUUUGGCUUGACCCUGUUGAGCUUGGUGCUGAGGUUCAUCGUGGCACCAACCGUCACCAUAGUCGGAGCCCUAAUCUUAGGACUCCGAGGUGAUCUUUUGCGUGUUACUAUCUUACAGGCUGCACUGCCACAGUCUGUCGCAACAUUUGUCUUCUCCCGAGAGUACAACCUGCAUGCUGGCGUACUUAGUACUGCGGUUAUAGUCAGCACGUUGGCAUCACUUCCUGUGUUAACUGCAUAUUAUCUUGUUUUGGGGCUCGUAAUUUAGAUUCAUUUGUUCCUCCCUAC